GUUCUCAUCGUCUAAAUUCUUUCUUCAGCUCUGGACAACACUUCUAUGCUCACUUUAUUCCCUUUCUUGACUGCAGUCCCUUGUCAAAGGAGGAGAUGCCUAGCUUAUCUUCUGCAAAGUCCUUGAAGACUGAGUUUAGAUUUGCCCUUGAGAUUGUUUUGCUUAAAUGGUGAGACUAACCAAGUAUUUUAACAUAAAGUAACUUAGAAAUUCUGGAGUCAAAUAAAACUCAAGUGGGUCUCUGCAUAAGAAUCUUCCAGAAAUGCACUGAAGUGGGGGGAGGUAGCUACCAAACUACAAAAAUAAUUAAUAAUUAAUCAUAUGAGAUGCUAAGAACUAUGAUUUCUAGUGACUGAUACUGAUAACUUUCAGUACAUGGGCAGAGUAGCAGAAACUUGCGCAGGAAUGGAUUUGCAUGAUUUAUUUGCAAAUAGCCUGUGGCAGGUUCCAUUUUGGGGGAAACAGAGAAAUUGGAAUGUGAGUGUUGUGAGCAGUCCCCAUAAUUUCUUCUUAUAAGCUACUCUGCCAUUUUUUAUCUCACCAUUACCCCUGCUGGGUCUACUAAAAAUCUAAAAAAGCCUGUGACUGCAGAAGAAACAUCCAUGCAUUUUGCUUUCUCAUGUAGCUUUAUGGGUGUGAAGUGAGCUAGGACAGUGCAAAGCAAUCUGCCUUCCUGGGUCAGGCUUGAACAUGCAGUGAAAAUGGUCCUUCUAUUUUCUGGUCAAGUUCUGAAAUCUAGCCUUCUGAAUUCUAGUUUCAGUUCAACUUUGGCAAUUGACUAGGAUGACUCUCUGCUGCUCCACCAGCUCAAGGUGUCUUCCUCCUCCAUCCUCCUCUCCAUACACAGAAUGAUGUAAAAAGGUUAAAAAAGGAGGGGGUUUGAGAAGUUUAGCUUCUGUUUUCAGAAGUUCUCAGGCUUUGUUAACAGCACAGAAUAAAUAGAAGCCAUCUAUCUAGCCAUCUGGAAAAGAAAAAAAAAUGAUAGGGACCUGAGUCCUAAGAAAGGUAGGUGUUAUAUUGUGACCCCCUCUUCACAUGCACACACUGUUGCUAUAUUGCAAUCACAAAAUACUCUCCCAUGAGGGAAAAAGUGAAGUGAGAGUGUAUGUUGAUUUGAAACCUUACAGUAUUUUUAAUUGGCUAUUGUUAUUGUGACUAUAAUAUUGUGAUGUAUAUUAGUUGUAUUGCUUUGGUGUAAUUUUAACUGCUGUUUAGUCUUUAUCUGCUAUUUUUAUUGUGUUGAACUACAGCCCGGUGGAAGGCAUCCUAGAAAUAACAUGUUUCCUCCUCCUCUUUUUGACAAACAGAUCCAUGUGUAAUGUUUGUAUCUCUUCCAGUACAAGAGGCUUGACGUGCAGAUGACAGCAUCUAGCUGACCUUAGCAGAGCUUGAAAAAUAUGUAGGCUAGUGUUCCAUGUACUGCUGGUCCUGAAAAGGCCUCCCGGAACAGACCUCCAAGAGCACAGCACACAUCAUCAUUAGAUACCAUCCUUGGUUCAUACCUUAUGGGCCAGUGGCCUCGAGAUGCCGAAGGACUUCCCAUGUCACAUAUGAGUGACAAAUCUACUCAGACUCCAGUAUCUUGGCAUGAGUCAGAGGUGGGAAAAGUUGCAGAUCAUAAGCGAUCUGCCUCAUGGAAUAAUAUGGAUCAUCGUAGAGAGAUUGCUAAACUGAAGCAACAGCUCCAGCGAACAAAGCUUGCUGUUUGGAAUAGCAAAGAGAAAGACCAGAGCUUUUUCCCUCAAGGCAAGCAUAGCAUGGUCCCAUCAACCAAGGGUUCCCCAUUUGCAUCUUUUCCAGCCUUGAGCACUGUAUCGAGAAGCUCUUCUUUGCACAACAGUUCCGAGAGUAUCAAUCAGGAAUUGGAAGAGAUAUUUGUAAAGGAGCAAGGAGACGAGGAACUCCUCAGAAACUUGGAGGUCCCAGAUGGACACAGGGCUCCACUUCCUUUCCAAAGAAAUACUGAAGAUUCCUUGUUGCCACGACUGGAAAACAACAGUAGCCCCUGGAGCAGCCUUUCUCUUUCUCCAUCCCCUUCAGAUGCUCUUCGACAAUCCUCACAUUCUCCUACCCGGAUGAUUACUGAUGAAGAUUUGCCCGAGUUUUUAGCCAAGCUAGUAUUGGAGAACAAAGGUAUAGAAAAUGGCAGCACUUCUCCAGUCCUUUCCUUUGCCCCGUCUCCUCGUCCCAACCACACCUAUGUAUUCAAGCGAGAGCCUCCAGAGGGUUGUGAAAAAAUCCAUGCUUCUGAAGAAGUAGUGCCUGAACAGCCUGUCCUGCCUUCUUGUCCUGAUAAGAACAAAGUCUACUUCAAACCAACAGGCUCUGCCUUCUGCCAGUUUAGUCUGGUGAAGCCUUUUAUUCCCAAAGUAAAUACCCUGUACAGAGACUUCUCUUCCUCUCCCAGCCCAAAGUCCCCAGACACAUUUUCUUCUUGCCAAGCCACUACCACUGUCCCCAUUCUCACUUUACAGAAAGACUUGAGGGGAGACAACUUCAGUGAAAAUCCAAAAUCUCCUUCAUUAGAUUUAGAGUCCUGGAAACGGCACCAACCUGAAGACACUGCCCUCUUGCAUAGUUCUGUAGCCGUCUGAAGAAGAGGGAGUGGAGUAGAGGCAAAAUAAAUUAAUGGUCCUUCCAAGGCCUGUAGAAAAAAAGUGCCUUGAUACUGGGAAACUGAGUGAUCCCAGCAACAGCCUUAAAGUAAAGAUUGCUAUUGGA